UGAGGAAAGGAGUAGAAGUAUGGCAUAUAUCUCCAGAAGAAUUGCCACAACCAGCAAGAGGAAUGUUAUGGCAAGAUCAAUACCCGAGAACUUGCGCUCAUCAGUGAAAGAGAAGCAUCCCAGUACAAAACAAGUGAAAGAGAAGGUUACAAGGCGAAGACCCCAGCCUCUGAGUGUGUAAAUUAUUCUUGCCUUGGUGUAGAGCACAUCAUACAUGAACCCAAGCUCAAUCUCAAUGACUUUGAAAGCAUCCCCAAAUAGCAUUGCCUUGAACACAGAUUGACUGCUGUCCCUGUCUUGGAAACUCAGGAUAAGGUCUACAAAGAGGCGCUUAAAUGUUUGGAACAGAUCAUAGGCUUUGAUCAAUUCGUCAGCAUCGCGAAUGGAGUUAUUCCUGCCAGAGGAAAGGCUUGCGGGGUCCUGAGCCUCAAUCACCUCCUCUGCCUUUACAAAGUACCCCUCAGCCUGUUUCAAGGAGACUUCCUCCAUGAAUUUGGGGUAAUUGGGGCCUGGAUCAGGGGAAGUGAGCAUUGAGUCUCGGAACUGCUCAAUGCUUGCCGAACGGAGGACCCAGGUCCUCUCACCAUACUUGAUAAGUCCAGUGAGCAUCACAAGAAAUGAUAGCAUGGAGAGGCGAGAACCGGUCCAGGCCAUGAGAAAGAUGUAUAUUGCCACUCCUGCUUGGACUAACAGCCCAAGCAAGUGCCUUAACCACAACUCAUUGUCUUCCAGGGAGUAGGCGGUAAUGGUGUCUGGGCCCCCCAAGUGCAGCAACAGGAAUGGUGCCCAAAAUGCUGUGAGCUCGUCACUUGGGUGGAGCUCGCCAGUGCUUUCUUUUCCAGCGUCAUUUUCAUUGACAUCGCCGAGAUUAUUGGAGAUGACACCAAGGGCAACAGCUGCAACCCAGUCUGCCAUUAAAUAGGAAGACCAGAUGAGGAUUCUGAUCCAAAUUUUGUUGAUGUACCUGCGGCGGUUGCCGAAGAGGAUGAGUAUUAUUUGAAGGCUGAGGCUGAGUAAAACCAUCACCCGCAACUCCCACUCCUUCCAUAGCUUCCUCAGGUUUGGGGGAAACACUUCCAUUACCCUCCUCUUCCUCGCAUACAUCAAACUGCUUAGAGCUGCUGAAAUUUUAGUAAUUACAGACUAACUGAAAAAAAAAAAAGAAAAGGGGAGGGACGAGCUUAAUUCCAAGUACACACCUGGGGGUAGCAUUGCCUGUGUUAGCUCUGGAUCAAAGUUGUGUCCUACAAUUGAAACUGAAACCCCUCAAGUGGACAUGCUGGGAAAAUGUAGAUGACUGAAUCUAUGCCCUGGAAGGUGUAUACCCUUUAUCUGGCCUUCAAAAGGGUCUUCACUCAAUCCAGCUUUUCUCCUCUCCGUCCCCACCCCCCUUCUUUUUUGCUGCUGGUGGCCUUGUGGAUAUAUUGCGUUUUUUAUUUUUCUCUUGCUGGUGGGUACAUUAUAUUUUCCACAAGGAAAGACUAGUACCCCCACCCCUCCCUUUUCCUUUUUCUUUUUCUUUUGCUCGUUGGAUUAUCUCAGGGAUGUCCAGGCUUUGUCCCCCAAAAACCUUAGACCCUGCUUACCUGUGGAAAAUAUAUUUUUUUUAAUAAUUACAAAAUGCCACUUUGUUGUCUAGUUUUAAAAAUUUUUCAGGAAAAUUAUCUUCUUAUUGUUUUUUAAAUUUUUUAUACUAGUCUUGAAAAAGUGAAAAGCAAGGUCGUAUUUUUACAAUUAUUUAGAAAUCAAUCUAUUUCCAAGCAAGCAGCCCCUUCCAGGGAUUGAGGAUUUUCUAUCUCCCAGCCGUCACCGGUUUAUGUUACACAUUUAGAAGGGAGAAUCCAUGGCUGUACAGGCAGGUGUUGUGGGUUCAGUUUGGAAACUUGGUGAUCUGCUUCGGGAUAAAAAAUCUCUCCCUAAUAUUCGAGUGAGAGAUGAGGUCAAAUGGAUCAAAGACGAACUAACAGGAAUGCUGUCCUUCUUAGCAGAUGCAGAGAAGAAACAAGGUAACGAUCCUCAAGUGAAGGUGUGGGUAGCUGGAAUACGAGAUAUUGCUUAUGACGUUGAGGACUUUGUUGAUACCUUGGUCCUGAGGAAAAACCAGAAGAGUACGAAAAUUCCGACAAAUAUGUGCAUUUUCUCCUUCAAUGGGUGCCACCAAAUCACACGUAUCAAGAUUAAACUUAUUCAAAUCAAUGAGAACGCAUGGAUGACUCGCUUUGUGCGAGAACCAAUGGCAGUAGAGCCAUCUGGGAUCAACAAUAGAGAGCUAGAACGGAGGAUAGACCCUUCUUUUAUUACUGACGGAGACGUCAUUGGUUUAGAGGAUGAUUUAGCAAGUUUGGAAUCACGGUUGAUUGACAACAGCACCUUGAGAAGAACUGUAAUUUCAAUUUUAGGUAUGGGAGGCGUUGGCAAGACAACACUUGCUAGAAAAGUUUACAACAGCAGAGUGGUCACUGAACAUUUUGAAUGCCGUGCUUGGGUCACUGUAUCUCAAGAUUUCAGUGCUGAGAAGCUGUGGAAGGAGAUAUGGGAGCUGGUGGGGGUUUCAGCUGGAGAUAAAUUGAGACCACAGGAGAUGUCCCAUAGCCUUCAUGAAUUCUUGAAGUAUACGAGGUACCUAAUAGUGAUAGAUGAUGUAUGGGAUAUCGAAUUGUGGGAUUGUGUAAGAUCAGCAUUCCCAGACUCAUAUAACGGAAGCAGAGUAUUGAUAACAACUCGUGUAGAAAAAGUUGCCCAGCUAGCUGACCCUAGAAGUCACCCUGUUAAACUAAAGACUCUGUCCAAUGAGAAUAGUUGGACAUUAUUCUUGAGGGAAGUCCGUCUGCGAGAAAGCGAUUUAUCUCCAAAUUUAAUGGAAUGUGGGAAAGAGAUCGUGAGAAGGUGCUGCGGUUUGCCGUUGGCAGUUGUGGUAGUGGGAGGCUUAUUGUCAACUAAGGAAGCAAACUAUGCCGAAUGGUCAAGUUUUCUGGAUAAUUGGCAAUUCGAAAACCCAGUGUCAGGCAUCUUGGAGUUGAGUUACAUUGACCUGAGAUACUACUUAAGGCCUUUAUUUCUUUAUUUUGUUCUUUUUCCUAAAGAAUUUGAAAUCCCCAUACGGAGGCUAAUUGGUCUGUGGAGUGCAGAGGGGUUAGUGCUACCGCAACCUGGUCGCAAUCCAGAGGAAUUAGCAAUGGAUUACCUUGGAGAAUUGAUCAACAGGAACAUGAUUGUAGUUGCAAAAUGGAGGUUAGAUGGGAGUCCCAAAAUAUGUCGAAUGGCUGGUCCCGUUCAUGACAUAUUCUUUUCAAAAGCUGAGGAUAUUGGUCUUUUAAGCACCCAUGGCAACUCAGGUACCCAGUUUCCUGUUCGCCGGAUCAUAGAGUACUCCAACAUUGAAAACUACAGUUCUUUGGAGCCUUACAUUCACAACCUGCGGUCUUACACAUCCUUCAACUUUCGGAGUGGAGAUAGGCCAGCUGAAGAAACAGGAAGGUUCCUUCACAGAGUCAUUCGGAAAUCAGGAUUUAGAUUACUCAAGGUUCUAGAUUUAGAGCGGGUCUAUAAACCUAGUUUGCCCGAAACUUUAAGUAAAUUAUUUCAUUUAAGGUACUUGGGGUUGAGGUGGACUUUUCUGGAUGCUCUUCCUCUGUCUGUUGGUAAUCUUCUAUACCUUGAAACCUUGGAUGUGAAGCAUACGUAUAUAAGCAGUCUUCCUAGUUCCAUAUGGCAGAUGGUACACCUGCGACAUCUAUAUCUGAAUGGGAUUCAUGUUGAAAUGUCUGUGCAACAAAGAAGUAACCCUCCAAGUGAACUCCAGACAUUGUGGGGAUUAUCUGUAGACAAGGAGCUUCCUCUGAAAGAUGCCUUAGACAGGUUCAAAAAUUUAAAGAAGUUGGGCCUUACAUCACUUUCUACUUUUAUUGAGGAAUUGGCAAAAUGGAUCAUGGGACUGACUAAUCUUGAAUCUCUGAGGUUGAGAUCAAAGGAUGAACAUGGGAGACCAUCAGACCUAGUUUUGCAGCCUUUCUCUAUGCUCUGUCUUCUCUCCAACCUGCAUUUGCUUGGAAGGUUUCGAAGACCGCUUCAUGAUCUCAAACUGCCACAGAGUCUCAGAAUCCUGACACUGUCAAUGUCUCAACUUGAGGAAGACCCUAUGCCUAUCCUAGAACGGCUACCAAACUUGAGCAUCCUGAGGCUUUUUGCUCGUUCCUACGUAGGAAAAAAAAUGGUUUGCCGCAGAGGUGGGUUUCAUAGGCUUCGGGUCUUGAAACUUUGGUGGCUGCAGGAACUGGUGGAUUGGAUUGUGGAGAUAGGAUCGAUGGGAAUGCUUAGAGAAUUAGAGAUUAGAUGCUGUCAAGGGCUAAAGAAACUUCCAGAAGCACUGCUACAGGUGACCACCUUGGAGAAGUUGAUUCUUACAAAGAUGCCAAUGGAAUUUGUAGCAAAUGUUAAGGCUGAGAGCAAGCACGUGUCUCCCAUAGAAAAUAACUGGCAGUUUCCACCUUUGCCCCAUGGUGCUACAAGGAAGAAGGGGCAGGGGAGAGAUGGAAGAAGAUGUUUGUGGUUUUUGUCAAGUACCAAAUAAUAAUAUAAUAAAGAAAGAAAAGUGGAGGUUUCACCCCCUAAAGUUUUUUCGAUUGGUAGUUAAACUUGACACAACCCAUCUCACUUCAUCAAAAAAAAUUAAUGGAUCUACUUGAUAUUGCACCCAAAAAAUUCUUCUCCCUGGAGGAGAUUCUCGCUAUUGAGGCCUUAUUUGGCCAUAGUACGAUGUGUUAAUACAUACACAACUAAAGAUGGAAUUGAUAACAGCCACUGCAUCUUGAAACCGCAAACUUCAAACUUACCUGGGCUUUUUGUGACUGCGUAGGGACUAAACCGUUCUUGAGGCAAAACUAGUGGGAAAAGGGUGUCCUGAAGAGACUUUUCAAGGAGACAAGAGCAUUGAGGCACAGGUUAGACAAUGCCGUACAUGGUUCUUGGGUUUAGGCAUGGAUUGCUUGUGGUGUCUAUAAAUUAAAGACCUGCAUGUUCCUUCUAUAGUCCUAUGAGUUUUUGUUGAAUAAAUUGUUGCAAUCAUUAUUAUUUCAGCACUUGUAAUGUUUGACUUUUCAGUUAACUCUUCUACUAUA